CUCCGGACGGGACCGCGAGCACAGGCCGCUCCGCGGGCACCUCACCUUCCCCGCGGGACCCCCGCCCAGCCCGGCCCGGCCGCCAGCGCUCCCCGUCGGCACCGGUUGCCCCUGCGUCUGUCUCUCUCUCUCUCCUCUCUCCCUCCCUCCGUGAGCCCAGCGGUCAGCGCCCAGCCGCCAUGUUCAGCUGGCUGAAGCGGGGCGGGGCGCGGGGCCAGCAGCGCGAGGCCAUCCGCACGGUGACGUCCUCGCUCAAGGAGCUGUACCGCACCAAGCUGCUGCCCCUGGAGGAGCAUUACCGCUUCGACGCCUUCCACUCGCCGGCCCUGGAGGACGCCGACUUCGACGGCAAGCCCAUGGUGCUGGUGGCCGGCCAGUACAGCACGGGCAAGACCAGUUUCAUCCAGUACCUGCUGGAGCAGGAGGUGCCCGGCUCGCGCGUCGGGCCCGAGCCCACCACCGACUGCUUCGUGGCCGUCAUGCACGGCGAAGCCGAGGGCACCGUGCCCGGGAACGCCCUCGUCGUGGACCCCGACAAGCCCUUCCGGAAGCUCAACCCUUUCGGGAACACCUUUCUUAACAGGUUCAUGUGCGCCCAGCUUCCCAAUCAGGUCUUGGAGAGCAUCAGCAUCAUUGACACCCCCGGCAUCCUAUCGGGCGCCAAGCAGCGAGUGAGCCGGGGCUACGACUUCCCGGCCGUGCUGCGCUGGUUCGCUGAGCGCGUGGACCUCAUCAUCCUGCUCUUCGACGCACACAAGCUGGAGAUCUCGGACGAGUUCUCCGAGGCCAUCGGCGCCCUGCGUGGCCACGAGGACAAGAUCCGCGUGGUGCUCAACAAGGCCGACAUGGUGGAGACGCAGCAGCUGAUGCGCGUGUACGGCGCGCUCAUGUGGGCGCUGGGCAAGGUGGUGGGCACGCCCGAGGUGCUGCGCGUCUACAUUGGCUCCUUCUGGGCGCAGCCGCUGCUCGUGCCCGACAACCGGCGCCUCUUCGAGCUGGAGGAGCAGGACCUGUUCCGCGACAUCCAGGGCCUGCCGCGCCACGCUGCGCUGCGCAAGCUCAACGACCUGGUGAAGCGGGCGCGGCUGGUGCGGGUGCACACCUACAUCAUCAGCUACCUGAAGAAGGAGAUGCCGUCGGUGUUCGGGAAGGAGAACAAGAAGAAGCAGCUCAUCAUGAAGCUGCCGGUGAUUUUCGCCAAGAUCCAGCUGGAGCACCACAUCUCCCCCGGCGACUUCCCCGACUGCCAGAAGAUGCAGGCAGAAACACACACAGACGGAGGCAGAGACUUUCCACACGCUGUUUCACUCCCCACAUGGCUGCAACAGCCAGGCUGGACUAGGGCCGACACCAGGAGCCCAGAAUUCAUCGGGGUCUCCCAUAUGGGCAACCGGGACCCCACCGAGGAUCUGAGCCGACACCUGCUGCACAUCGGGAGUGCACGUGGGCAGGAAGCUGGCCUCAGACGCGGAGCUGGGACUCAGACCCGGGCACCUGCUACGGGAUGCAGGUGUGACAAUGCCUAGAGUGACACCUUGUCCAUCACACCGCCUAAGGGCAUGGAAACGUUCCGAUACGGUAGCCACGGGCCACGCUAAGACUUUACAUUUCCAUUUUAACUAAUUUCAUAAACACAAGGAACUAGUGGCUACCAUAUUGAACAAGAUGAUCCCAGAAAUAGCGCGUGCACCAUUAUGCCAGCAUCCAAUUGGCUGGGCUUAGUCACGUGGCUGUGUGCCCACCUGAUUGGCUGCAUUUGAUCACAUGGCUGUGGAGGUGCAAAGGAAGCUGGGAAGUGUAGUCUUCCUUCUGGGUGGCCAGGCCCCCUGAUAAUCAGGGAAUCCAGUAUUGAGGAAGGGACAAGUGGAUAGUGGGGGACCACAGGGAGGCCUCUGGCAUGUUCAGUGCUGGAUCUGGGUGGGGUGGCUUGGGGCAGGUGGAUGGGGCAGAAGUGACCAAAUGAAUGUGGAGACGGGGACCGGCCCCUGGGCCGACCUCUGCUCUGGGGCCCGGGACUCCUGGGGCUGGUGGUGGUGGAGGAGCCCAUGUCGCCUUGGCCACUUCCCGGCUCUGUGAACGUGGGCAAGCCAGACCCUUCCCAAGCCUAUUUUCUCGGCUGGAAAAUGGGCAUCGUGUACCCGCCGUCAUGGGUGCUGAGUCACCCCCCACGCCCCAGAACCUCACCGGGCACCGGGCUCUCUCCCGGGGGCCAGAUCAUGCUGGGACGUGGGGCCGUGCCGGGCUCCGUGGAGGCCAGGCAGCAGCCCUGGACUGUAGCCCCUGGGCUCCCUGGCCCUGGAACCUUCCCCGCCCCAGCCUGCCCCGGCCAGCCCUGUCCCGUCUUGCUCUGGAAUUUACCGCGAUGCCGCAAACUGUCCCAGUGUUUGCAUAGCCUCUCCCUGAGCAGGAGACUUACCCGUUGCCUGGGUGGGGGGCCGGGUCUAGAGCCAGCGGGUGUGGUUUCUGGUGGCGCUGGACCCACCCCAGCCUGCCCUGGAGUCCUGCCCUCUAAGCUGACCACCAGAGGGUGGGACCGGGCUGUUCAGCCGCUGGGAUGCUGGGAUGCGUCGGCCCCCGAGCCCGACCCCGCAGCCCUGACUCCUCCAAGUCU